AUGUCUGACGCCCUCGGAGCGGUCUGCCGGUGCGUCUGCGGGGGGGGCGCCCGGCCAGAGGCCGCCAGCGGGCCGGGCUGCGACUUCGACGGCGUCCUUCCCGGCGCGGAGUGCGUGGAGCAGCUGCCCCUGCCGCUCUCGGCGGCGGAGGCCCUGUCCUUCCUGGACAGCCCGGAGCAGCCCCUGCGGGGAGAGCCCACAAAGACGGGGGAGCUCUGGCACCUGCAGGACGAGGAGAGGAUCGGGCCCGUCACGUUCUCCCUGUAUGUCAACGGCUACACCGUCGCCCAGGGCGACUCGGGCCGCACGGAGGUGGUGGCCCUCUCGCCCUUUGCGCUGGUUCGCAAUUGCACGCUGGCCCCUCAGGUCGGGGCCUCGGCGCUGGCUGUGGACAUCUCCGAGCUGAAGAUAUUCAAGCUCUCCUUCUACACCCGUAAUUCGUGCACCUUCUACGGCGUCAAGGCCACGGGCUCGGCGGACGCGGACGCGGAGAGGCAGUCCUGGGUGCACGCCAUCUCCACGGCCGUGCAGCUCGUGUCACAGUCCUUGUACCCACCCUUCCACAUCUCGUGCCAGCCCCUGAAGUCGUCGGCCAGUACCGCGCGCAGGCUGAUGGCGGGAUACCUGUUGUACCACGAGGGGGAGCAGCUGAUCACGGUGCUCUACUGCGAGCUGAGCUCGCACUGCAGCGCCAGCGGGUGCGCGCAGCUGGCCGUCUACCAGAGCGAGUGCUGCCAGCGGCGCGUGAUGACGCUCAGCAUCUCUGUGCAGACGAAGUGCGUCGAGAAGAUCGGCAUCAACUGCCCCUGCUUCGCCAUCGACGAGCACAACUUCUCCGCGAGGACGUGCAGCGAGCGCAAGCUGUGGCUGAGGGCCGUCUCCAACCUGCGCGUGAAGCUGCAGAACGAGGCCCCGACGCCCUCCAGGGAGGAGCUUGCGCACUUCCGGGCGGCCAUCGAGGAGCACGUGGCCUCGCUCCGUGACUCCCUGGGCGGCCCGGGUCGCCACGACCCCGUGCUGCAGGCCGUGCCGCGCAGCUGCCGGGCGGCGCGCGCCCCCUCGGGCGCACCGCCAGGCCGCGCGGCUGCAGGCGGCGCCUCCGCGGCGCUGCGGCCGCCGAGCGCCGAGGGGAGCUCGGGGGUCCUGGCGGCCUCGCCGGCGCCGGAGGCGGCGGCCUGCCAG